AUGAUCGAAAUAGUCGAGAUGAGCCAAUCCAUUUGGACAUGGACAGUACCUGCUUUACUCAAUUUGCCCUCUCAAUGCCUGUCUAGCAUCGCACUAAUAUCGAAUCUCAUCUUGUGCUUUCCGGUCUUAGGGUUCUUGUUGCUUGCCCUGUUCCUGGUUUUUCCGUUGCAACUGCAAAUAAUGCUGCUCAGCCAGAUCCUCCAUGGUUCUGGCCCCUCUUUUGCCCUUCUACUUCUCCUUUUUACUUCUUUCCGUGCGUUACAUGGUUGCAUACAAUACAGUUGUAUUCUCCAUACGUUAUUUACCACUUUGCAAUAG